AUGGCCGAGACGCUCUUCCGCACCGGACAGCGUGAGCGCCUCUUCUCCGACAAUCCCGCGAUCUGGAACGGCGUGGCGCUGCGUCUCGAGAAGAACCGCUACGUCUCGUGUCCGUCGGCCGACCCGCGGCUAGUGCCGUGGCUGCAGAGCCUGUGCCUGCUCAACUGCGAGGCGUCCAUCUCGAUGACGAGCACCGUCGUCGCCGGCAUCUGCUCGACGCUGCCGCGCUUCGCCACGGAGGUUGUCCUGACCACCGUCGACCGCGUGCAGGUCGUCGAGUCGAUCGAGGAGCUGGCCACCUGCCGCAAGGCACAGGGCGCCUGCUUCGUCCGCAAGGAGAACCGUCUCAUCAUCUUCGCCGACAAGGUGCACGACCUGAUGCCCGCGACGCGCAACAUGGAGGCCAAGAUGGUCAAGUACGUGUGGGAGCGCGCCACGGGCCAGGCGGCGCCGGCGCUCGGCAACAUGAGCUCGUCGGCGUCGACCAAGGCGCGCAGCCUCAACGAGAAGGGCGAGGAGAUCGAGGACGGCCACAUGACGCCUGACCUCGAGGACGGCGCGGACAUCCCGGAGCGCUCGACGAACCUACAGGCGCCGCUGGCGCACGGCCUCGCGCUCGGCCUCAACUGCCUCAUCAUCAGCCUCAUGCUGCGCACGCUCAUCAUGGAGAGCCUCGUCGACGGCAACUGGAUGCGCAUGGUCAUCUUCAGCGCCGCGCCCUUCCUCUUUCCCAUCACGCUCUUCUUCUGCGACAACAUCAUCCAGAACAUCUUCCUCGUCAUUGCGCCCAUCCGGCACAUGUCGCUCAACUCGCGCUACUACUCGGGCGUGGCGCCGCGCCGCAUCACGGGCGUGCUGCCGCACGUGACGAUCCAGAUGCCCGUGUACAAGGAGUCGCUUGAGUCGGUGCUCAUCCCCACGAUCGAGUCGCUCAAGGCGGCCAUCAGCACGUACGAGCUGCAGGGCGGCACCGCCGAGAUUCUCGUCAGCGAGGACGGCCUGCAGGUCGUCGACGAGGUGGAGCGCGCCGCGCGGCUCGACUACUACGACCGCAACCAGAUCGCCUGGGUCGCGCGCCCGCCGCACAACAGCGACGGCUACAUGCGUGCCGGCCGCUUCAAGAAGGCCUCGAACCUCAACUUCACGUGCGAGAUCUCGCUGGCCGUCGAGCGCAUGCUCACCGAGGAGCGCCCCGUCGACGCCGACACGCUCGAGAGCUGGUCGUACGCCGACGAGGCGUCGUUCUACCAGUGGUGCCUCGAGCGCGCCGUGCAGGAGACGCAUCCCAAGGCCGAGGCGGCUGGCAACGUGCGCAUCGGCGAGCUCAUCCUCAUCAUCGACUGCGACACGCGUGUGCCCGAGGACUGCUUCCUCGACGCCGUCUCGGAGCUGCACCAGAGCCCCGACGUGGCGAUCCUGCAGCACUGCUCCGGCGUCAUGCUCGUGACGAAGGACAACUACUUUGAGCGCUGCAUCGGCUUCUUUACGCGCUGCAUCAACUUUGCCAUCUCGUACACGGUCGCCGCCGGCGACGUGGCGCCGUUCAUGGGCCACAACGCGUUCCUGCGCUGGUCGGCCAUCCAGGAGGCGGCCUUCAUCGACCCCGCCGACGGUAAGCGCAAGGUGUGGUGCGAGACGACCGUGUCCGAGGACUUUGACCUGUCGCUGCGCGUGCUGCUCAAGGGCUACAUCACACGCUGGGCCACGUACUCGAACAACGGCUUCGAGGAGGGCGUCUCGCUCACCGCCGAGGACGAGCUGAACCGCUGGCAGAAGUACGCCUUCGGCUGCUCGGAGCUCGUCUUCAAGCCGAUCUGGAAGUGGUACAAGGGCCCGCUGACGGGCAUCUACUCGCGCUACAUGUGGUCCUCGGCCGUGCCGACGCACGCCAAGUGCUCCGCCUCGUCGUACAUCUUCUCCUACUACGCCAUCGCCUCGGCCUUGCCCAUCUCGAUUCUCAGCUACUGCCUCUCCGGCUGGCUGCUGCCCGAGCUCGACCUGGCCUACCUGCCGUCGUGGAACGUGCUCUUCGCCGUGCUCAUCGUCUUCUCCGCCGCGGGCAACCUGGCGACGAUCAUUGCCAAGUUCCGCGCGACGCGCCAGGGCCUGCUCGAGGCCUUCUUCGAGCACAUCGUCUGGCUGCCGGCGCUCUGUGUCUUCUUCUCGGGCAUCUCGUACAGCGUGCUCAUGGCCAUCUUUGCGCACCCGCUCGGCAUCAACAUGACGUGGGGCUCGACGCUCAAGGAUCUCGAGGAGAGCAACUUCUUCGUCGAGGUGCCCGGCAUCUUCCGGCGCCAGUGGCGCCCCUUCCUGCUCUGCGGCAGCGUCAUUGCCGGCGUCAUCGUGUGCACCACGUCGGCCGUGCCGCUCAUCUGGCGCGUCACCGACCCGCUCAUCAUCUUCCCCUGCGUCUGGGCCUGCGCCAUGCACAUUCUCUAUCCCAUCGCCCUCAACCCGGCCCUGCUGCGCUUCUCCUUCUGA